AUGAAGAACUAUCGUCCCAUUGCGCUCCUCUCACAGUUGUACAAGCUGUUCACGAAGAUUAUUCUAAACAGACUGGAAAGACAACUGGACGACUAUCAACCAGUGGAGCAGGCCGGGUUCCGCAAGGGCUUCUGUUGUAUGGACCACAUCCACACCGUCACGCAGCUGAUCGAGCGGGCCAAAGAAUACAAGUACCCACAUCAACCUGUAUGCGUCUCUCCACGUCUUCUCCAGUUGAAGGCGCAGUGCAUUAGGCAC